GUUGCCAUGUAAAUUAUAAAACACUGACAAAAAGUUAAAAAAUAUGUACCAUUUCAUAGAGAAAAAUUUAUUAUCGAUAACAGCCAACAGCAAUCGUUUAAGGCACGAUGAGAAUUACACUCAUUUUAUUACUGGUAAUUAAAGUGGUGACAUUUGAAGUUAACGCGACCAAUCACGAUAUUUAUAAAGGUCUUAUUUACAACGGCCAAAACUAUAGUGUAGAUGAUUAUCCGUACGUAGUUUCUAUUAAAAUAAAGUAUCCUAACCAAACUAAGAAGACUUGCUCAGGUACACUGAUAAAAAAAUUGUUCGUAUUGACUUCUGCUCACUGUGUUUACGGUGUUGACAAAGACUUUAUUAAAGUAAAUACCUAUGUGUAUCAAGGUACAUGGUUACGAAAUAAUAUUUCACGAAAUUUAGUUGAAAUGUACAUACACGAAGAUUAUAACCCUGCUACUAAACAUUUAUACAUAAGUGGGGAUAUUAGUGUAUUAAAAAUAGAUAAAAAGUUUCCAAAAAUAAAGAAAUAUAUAAAAAUAGGCGGAACUCCUAUUGAUUUUGCUAAUGAAAAAAUCCUCAAUUGUACAGUUAUUGGGUUUGGAUUAAUUAAUGAAGAUACCAUGGGCACAAAAGGAUUCAUGAGUAAUGUUAAGGUCAAACAUGGUAAAAAAGCAUGUCGAGGAUAUGACAGUAAUCCUAUAAAAAACACAUGGCAACAAUAUUUGUGUACGAUACCAGGCGAGAAUACGACUUGUGAUGGAGACAACGGUGGUCCGAUGAUUUGUAAUGGCUUGCUAUAUGGAGUAUGUAGUUUUGCAAUAAAUUAUAAAGGUGAUAUAGAAAACAUAUGUGGCAGUGAAAAUCUUCAGACUGUCCACGUGUUUCUCCACUAUUAUAAAAAAUGGAUAAAUUAUGUUAUAAAAUCGAAUAUACUGUCUACAUCGACCGCAUCUAGUAUACCAGACACUACGGAGUCACAGGAAACUACGGAGUCACAGGAAACUACGGAGUUACCGGAUACAGAAUGUCCAAACACUACGGAGUUACCGGACACAACGGAGUUACCGGACACAACGGAGUUACCGGACACAACGGAGUUACCGGACACAACGGAGUUACCGGAUACAAACUUUCCAGACACUACGGAGUUACCGGAUACAGAGUAUCCGGACACUACUGAGUUACCUGAAACGCCGAGUACUCGGAAGUCUAAGACCAAAAAACCAAAAAUAAAAAAUAAAAAUGCUGGAAAAUCAAUUACAUCACUCCAUAAUAAACUGUUUACGAUUUCAGCAUUGCUAGUUUAUUAUGUAUUGUCUUUUAAUUAAAAUUAAAAUCAAAUUUUAAACAUA